UGAGCAACACUGAAACAUCGAAACAAUCAUAUUUUUUGUACGGGCGUAAUUAGAAAGCAGUAAUUAAGUUAAUUUCCACGUUAUUUCCACAACAAACUUACGUACACUCGCACUACAAAGCUAGCGCCUUUCCACAUUUUCCCACCGGAAAAGUCGCCGCGUGAAGAGCGAAACUCGGGCGCAGACAAAAAGGUCUUUAAAAUCUACGUCGCCAUUUUUGACACGGCUCCGAAAUCGAAAACACAACACACACACCCAAAGGAAAAGAGCUGCGAAGAGGAGGAAAAAAGAAAUAUACGAUUGCGAAUUGUGUGCGGUUACGUCUAGGAAAAUAUAUUCAGCGGCACGCAUGGGGAAAUAUUUGUGAUUAGUGUUAUUAGCAAAGAAUCGAAGUGCUGUGUAGUCAAUUGAUAAAGGAGGCGACGUGUACAGAGUAUUACCCUUAACCCUUACCCAAACCCUUCAUCCAUCAUCAUCGGGGGCUCUUUGAGUGACGAACAACUGUGAUCCUACCGCAAAAAUGGCCAAGACCUACGACUAUCUGUUCAAACUGCUCCUGAUCGGUGAUUCUGGAGUGGGCAAGACCUGUAUCCUGUUUCGUUUCUCCGAGGACGCCUUCAACACGACGUUUAUAUCCACAAUAGGUAUCGAUUUUAAAAUUAGAACAAUUGAAUUAGAUAACAAGAAAAUUAAGCUGCAAAUAUGGGACACUGCCGGCCAGGAGCGUUUUCGCACAAUCACUACGGCCUAUUACAGAGGUGCCAUGGGCAUCAUGCUGGUAUAUGACAUAACCCAGGAGAAGUCUUUCGAGAACAUCAAAAACUGGAUCAGGAAUAUUGAAGAAAACGCCUCCGCCGAUGUUGAGAAAAUGCUGCUGGGCAACAAGUGUGAAUUGACCGAUAAGCGACAGGUUUCAAAGGAGCGCGGAGAACAAUUGGCUAUCGAGUAUGGCAUCAAGUUCAUGGAGACCUCCGCAAAAGCCAGCAUCAAUGUGGAAGAAGCUUUCCUCACCCUAGCCAGUGAUAUCAAAGCGAAAACGGAAAAGCGGAUGGAGGCGAACAACCCACCUAAGGGCGGCCAUCAACUGAAACCGAUGGACAGUCGGACGAAGGACAGUUGGUUGUCCAGGUGCAGUCUGCUUUGACGUGGCAACGUUCGCUUGGCACUGAUGCGGCAUGGUGGCAACAACUACGUGUUGGUAGUUUAUGGUGGUAACUACGAGGUAGUAGUUUUCUUAACUCCUGUUAGGUUCGAAUACAUCAGAUACCCCGAACAAGCGAUCAUUAACUUACAUCUAAAUCAACCUUAACCAUCAACAGCCGGCUCUCCCUAACCGAAUAAGCGCGAUAAUGGAAUAGAACACAAAUUGCAUUAUGAAACAGUUAUUAAAUAAAGUAUAUGACGACAGCGUGUACGAAAUAUACCUAGGCAUGAUAAUAUAUAUAAAUAUACGUAUAUAACUCAAGUUAAAAAAAGAUGAUCCAGCGAUAACGUAAAGCGAAGAGCAGCCAAUCCAACCCGCCCGCGUCCUUCUCGAAGAGGUUUUUAGUAUUUACGGAAUUAUUAUUUUCUCUAGCAGCCAUGGUUGUUGUCGAUUUGUAAAUUAUUAAUUGUAAAACAAAUAUAUAUGUACUAUGUAUGCAUAUGAUUAAUUAGUUCACCUGUCCUUGUUUUGCUCAUUGCUUGUGUGUACUUUCGAUCGAUAUGCGAACCCUUUUGCCAUUAUGUUAGGAAUAUGGAGGAUGUCCAGACGCACAAUUACCCAAAUUGUACUUCCCAAAUUCCGCCCCACACACCUCCCUGCCCUCCGCAUCGCCCUUCCCCCUAACUUUAUAUCAUAAAUGUGGUAGUAUCGCACAGUUUGAAGGUGCUUAUUAUAUUAUUAUUCUUCGUAAUCUUCACACACAUUUCAUUUGGUUAGUUUGUACUCUAUUUAUUUUGUUCUUUGCCGCACACCACACGACUCUGUCAAUAAAACCGUUACAUCUAAUAAUUAAUCAUUAAUGAAGAAUUGCAGACGAGAUCACCAAUUAAAGGUAGUCGAUCGAGUUAAAUCGAUGGGAUAGCAAUAAACAAUUAUGAACACAUAAAUGAUAACUAAAUGCAUAUUUGAUAUUAAUUAAUUACUUGUAAUAUUAAUGAUUAAACGUAUACAAUUUUAUAAAAAUAAAUCAUGUGCAAAACCAAA